GGCGAACUCGGCCCAGCGCGGCGCCCGCUCCUCACGUGUCCCUCCCGGCCUCGGGGUCGUCUCACGUUCUGCUUCCGUCCGACCCUUCCGACUUCCGAGGUCGAAACAGCAAAGGACUGCCUCAAUCCACGAUUUCUUUUGAUGGAAUCUAUGCAAAUAUGAGGAUGGUUCAUAUACUUACAUCAGUCGUUGGAUCCAAAUGUGAAGUACAAGUGAAAAACGGAGGCAUAUAUGAAGGAGUUUUUAAAACAUACAGUCCUAAGUGUGAUUUGGUACUUGAUGCUGCACAUGAGAAAAGUGUGGAAUCCAGUUCGGGGCCAAAACGUGAAGAAAUAAUGGAGAGUAUUUUGUUCAAGUGUUCAGACUUUGUUGUGGUACAGUUUAAAGAUAUGGACUCCAGUUAUGCAAGAAGAGAUGCUUUUACUGACUCUGCUAUCAGUGCUAAAGUAAAUGGUGAACACAAAGAAAAGGACCUGGAGCCUUGGGAUGCAGGUGAACUCACUACCAGUGAGGAACUGGAAGCUUUGGAAAAUGAUGUAUCUAAUGGAUGGGAUCCCAAUGAUAUGUUUCGGUAUAAUGAAGAAAAUUAUGGUGUAGUGUCUACAUAUGAUAGCAGUUUAUCUUCAUAUACGGUACCCUUAGAAAGGGAUAACUCAGAAGAAUUUUUAAAACGAGAAGCCAGGGCAAACCAGUUAGCAGAAGAAAUUGAAUCAAGUGCCCAGUACAAAGCCCGGGUGGCCCUGGAAAAUGAUGAUAGGAGUGAAGAAGAAAAAUACACAGCCGUUCAGAGAAAUUCCAGUGAACGUGAGGGCCACAGCAUAAACACUAGGGAAAAUAAAUAUAUUCCUCCUGGACAAAGAAAUAGAGAAGUCAUAUCCUGGGGAAGUGGGAGACAGAAUUCACCACGUAUGGGCCAGCCUGGAUCGGGCUCCAUGCCAUCAAGAUCCACCUCUCACACUUCAGAUUUCAACCCGAAUUCUGGUUCAGACCAAAGAGUAGUUAAUGGAGGUGUUCCCUGGCCAUCGCCUUGCCCAUCUCCUUCCUCUCGCCCACCUUCUCGCUACCAGUCAGGUCCCAACUCUCUUCCACCUCGGGCAGCCACCCCUACACGGCCGCCCUCCAGGCCCCCCUCGCGGCCAUCCAGACCCCCGUCUCACCCCUCUGCUCAUGGUUCUCCAGCUCCUGUCUCUACUAUGCCUAAACGCAUGUCUUCAGAAGGGCCUCCAAGGAUGUCCCCAAAGGCCCAGCGACACCCUCGAAAUCACAGAGUUUCUGCUGGGAGGGGUUCCAUUUCCAGUGGCCUAGAAUUUGUAUCCCAUACCCCACCAAGUGAAGCAGCUGCUCCUCCAGCAGCAAGGACUAGUCCCGCAGGGGGCACAUGGUCAUCAGUGGUCAGCGGGGUUCCAAGAUUAUCCCCUAAAACUCACAGACCCAGGUCUCCCAGACAGAACAGUAUUGGAAAUAAUCCUGGUGGGCCUGUUCUUGCUUCUCCUCAAGCUGGUAUUAUUCCAGCUGAAGCUGUUGCUAUGCCUGUUCCAGCUGCAUCUCCUACGCCUGCCAGUCCUGCAUCCAACAGAGCUGUUACCCCAUCGAUUGAGGCUAAAGAUUCCAGGCUUCAAGAUCAGAGGCAGAACUCUCCUGCAGGGAAUAAAGAAAAUAUGAAGCCCAAUGAGACAUCACCUAGCUUCUCAAAGACUGAAAAUAAAGGUAUAUCACCAAUUGUUUCUGAACAUAGAAAACAGAUUGAUGACUUAAAGAAGUUUAAGAAUGAUUUUAGGUUACAGCCAAGUUCUACUUCUGAAUCUAUGGAUCAACUGCUAAACAAAAAUAGAGAGGGAGAAAAAUCAAGAGAUUUGCUCAAAGACAAAAUUGAACCAAAUGCUAAGGAUUCUUUCAUUGAAAAUAGUAGCAGCAAUUGCACCAGUGGCAGCAGCAAACCGAACAGUCCCAGCAUUUCCCCUUCAAUCCUCAGUAAUACGGAGCACAAGAGGGGACCUGAGGUCACAUCCCAAGGGGUUCAGACUUCCAGUCCUGGAUGUAAACAAGAGAAAGAUGAUAAAGAAGAGAAGAAAGAUGCAGCUGAGCAAGUGAGAAAGUCAACUUUGAAUCCUAAUGCAAAGGAGUUCAACCCUCGUUCCUUUUCUCAGCCAAAGCCUUCUACCACCCCAACUUCACCUCGUCCUCAAGCACAACCUAGCCCAUCUAUGGUGGGCCAUCAGCAGCCAGCUCCAGUUUAUACUCAGCCUGUUUGUUUUGCACCAAAUAUGAUGUAUCCAGUCCCAGUGAGCCCAGGCGUGCAACCUUUAUACCCUAUACCUAUGACGCCCAUGCCAGUGAAUCAAGCCAAGACAUAUAGAGCAGGUAAAGUACCAAAUAUGCCCCAACAGCGGCAAGAGCAGCAUCAUCAGAGCGCCAUGAUGCACCCUGCCUCAGCAGCAGGCCCGCCGAUUGUGGCCACCCCACCAGCUUAUUCCACACAGUACGUUGCCUAUAGUCCUCAGCAGUUUCCAAAUCAGCCUCUUGUUCAGCAUGUGCCACAUUAUCAGUCUCAGCAUCCUCAUGUCUAUAGUCCUGUAAUACAGGGUAAUGCUAGAAUGAUGGCACCGCCAGCACAUGCCCAGCCUGGUUUAGUGUCUUCUUCAGCAACUCAGUACGGGGCUCAUGAGCAGACACAUGCGAUGUAUGCAUGUCCCAAAUUACCAUACAACAAGGAGACAAGCCCUUCUUUCUACUUUGCCAUUUCCACUGGCUCCCUUGCUCAGCAGUAUGCGCACCCUAAUGCUACCCUGCACCCACAUACUCCACAUCCUCAGCCUUCAGCUACCCCCACCGGACAGCAGCAAAGCCAACAUGGUGGAAGUCAUCCUGCACCCAGUCCUGUUCAGCACCAUCAGCACCAGGCCGCUCAGGCUCUCCAUCUGGCCAGUCCACAGCAGCAGUCAGCCAUUUACCACGCGGGGCUUGCACCAACCCCACCUUCCAUGACCCCUGCCUCCAAUACGCAGUCGCCACAGAAUAGUUUCCCAACAGCACAACAGACCGUCUUUACAAUCCAUCCUUCUCAUGUUCAGCCGGCAUACACCAAUCCUCCCCACAUGGCCCACGUACCUCAGGCUCAUGUACAGUCAGGAAUGGUUCCUUCUCAUCCAACUGCCCAUGCGCCAAUGAUGCUAAUGACGACACAGCCACCCGGCGGUCCCCAGGCCGCCCUCGCUCAAAGUGCACUACAGCCCAUUCCAGUCUCGACAACAGCGCAUUUCCCCUAUAUGACGCACCCUUCAGUACAAGCCCACCACCAACAGCAGUUGUAAGGCUGCCCUGGAGGAACCGAAAGGCCAAAUUCCCUCCUCCCUUCUACUGCUUCUACCAACUGGAAGCACAGAAAACUAGAAUUUCAUUUAUUUUGUUUUUAAAAAAUAUAUGUUGAUUUCUUGUAACAUCCAAUAGGAAUGCUAACAGUUCACUUGCAGUGGAAGAUAUUUGGACCGAGUAGAGGCAUUUAGGAACUUGUGGGCUGUUCCAUAAUUCCAUAUGCUGUUUCAGAGUCCCGCAAGUACCCCAGCUCUGCUUGCUGAAACUGGAAGUUAUUUAUUUUUUAAUGACCCUCGAAAGUCAUGAACACAUCAGCUAGCAAAAGUAACAAGAGUGAUUCUUGCUGCUAUUACUGCUAAAAAAAAAAAAUAAUAAUCAAGACUUGGAACGCCCUUUUACUAAACUUGACAAAGGUUCAGUAAAUUCUUACCGUCAAAAUGACGGGUUAUUAUUUAUAAAUCAAGUUUGAUGGAGUGAUCACUGUCUACAGUGGUUCAACUUUUAAGUUAAGGGAAAAACUUUUACUUUGUAGAUAAUAUAAAAUAAAAACUUAAAAAAAAUUAAAAAAUAAAAAAAGUUUUAAAAACUGA